CACAUCUCGGAUUCUCGGUCACUCUCUCAAAUCACGUGAAGUUGUUUGCGUCUGUGUGGGAAGCAGGUUCACUUUAACGAUUCGCUGUUGGAGGAAGUACAUUAAAUAGAUCGAAAAGUAGCUUGCUUAUCAUUUUUGUACUUACCUUAUUCCUUAGGCCUUCAACAUAUUCCACUUAAAAAAAAAAAAGAACAAGAUGCAUAUUCUUCAUAAAGUUGCGUUGGUUGCACUUUUAGUAGUGUCGUGUGUACAUUCAAAAUCAGUGACGUUCAAGAAUUGUCCAGAUUCCAAAGACAGUGCUGUAACAGAAGUAGAUGUCGAGCCAUGUUCGUCGGAUCCAUGCCAGAUUAAACGAGGAAUAUCAGUUGCAAUAAAAGUUACAUUCAAAGAAGUAAGCAAUGCAACAGAUGUUCAAUCUAAAGUGUAUGGAUACAUAGCAGGUGUGAAGGUUCCAUUUCCUCUGGACAAUCCUGAUGCAUGCACUGACUGUGGCCUAAAAUGUCCACUAACUGGUGGUACUAGUUACACCUUCAACUCAUCACUUCCAGUGAAAACAAUCUACCCUGCAAUUAAGCUCGUAGCACAGUGGGAACUUGUUGACUCCAAAGAAAAUGAACAAUUCUGCUUUCAAGUUCCUCUUCAACUUAUAUAAAUUCCAUAUGUAGUCAUGAUGUGCCUAUACAGUAUAUCAUAUUUAGGCAUGUCACAUGUUUUUGUCAAAUAAAAUGUGAUAGUCUUACAGGGCUUAAACGAUAAUAAUACUGUUGAGACAACAGCCAGCAGACAACAAAUUAAUGAAUCAAGAAUUAGAUCUAGAAAUUGGUAGUUAGCCUCAUAGGCACUUCUGAAUUCUUGUUGAAAAUAGUAGCAGAUCAAGUAAUCAAAAUAAGAGGACCCCAGGAGGGACUUUUAUCCAUG